UCAACCAACGACACACACAGACCUAAAUAAAGACACUGCACAAAUUUUGAUAGUUUGCUGCUAUUGUGUUGCUUUAAUUUGAUCCAAAAGCACGCAAGCAGCUCCUUUUCCUUUCGCACUCGCACUCGCACUCGCAUCGCGUUCACUGUUCUCGUUCUUCUUCUCUAUUCCUUUCUUGUUUCGGGGCUUUACCUUUUCUCUCUUCCUUCUCCUUUCUCCAGUCCUGCAAAUCUCCCACCGCUUCUGCACUGCACACAUACCAUUCCAUCCCAGACGGUGUCCAUGGCACCUUGAAUUGCCAUCUUCACCCCGCAAGUCGCGCCAAUGCCGCCGCCAUUCGCCUUUUUGCCUCAACCCCCCUCCCCAGCUCACCCAUGAAGCGGUGCACCAAAUCCAGGAGAGUUUCAUGGCAAAUAUUCAUGCGCUGGUCCCUAGUGUGAAUAAUGCGACCCUUUGUAGCACUGACUCCACUGAUUCCUUGUAUGCUAGGCGUCUAAUCAACCGCAACAACAACAAAUUUCGGUCUUCUGAUUAUCUCACUGGUCAUGGUGCUAGGGUUUCUGCGAUUGACCACCCCUGGAGAUUGUGUGCUGCCACCGAGCUUAACCUCGUUCAGGAAAGCUCUAGGAGAAACUUCCAUGCCCAAUCUGAGGUUCCAUUCAUCGAAAUUCCGGUCACGUGCUACCAGAUUAUUGGAGUUCAUGAUCAAGCUGAGAAAGAUGAAAUAGUUAAGUCAGUGAAGCAUCUGAAAAAUGUGGAGAUCGAAGAGGGUUAUACUAAAGACACUGUUAUAUCUCGCCAGGAUCUUUUAAUGGAUGUGAGAGACAAACUUCUAUUUGAGCCAGAGUAUGCUGGGAAUUUGAAAGACAAUCAGACCCCUAAAUCUUCUCUCAAAAUUCCUUGGACCUUGUUGCCUGGUGCUUUAUGCCUUCUUCAGGAGGUUGGAGAAGAGAAGCUUGUGCUGGACAUUGGACGAAGAGCCCUGCAGCAUCCAGAAUCGAAGCCAUUUGUCCAUGAUUUGCUUCUGUCUAUGGCACAUGCAGAGUGCGCAAUUGCAAAAAAUAGCUUCGAGAAGAACAAUACUUCUCAAGGAUUUGAAGCCCUUGCCCGUGCUCGAUGUCUUUUAAGAAGCAAGAUUUCUCUUGGGAAAAUGACACUUUUGUCUCAGAUAGAGGAGUCAUUGGAAGAUCUUGCUCCAGCCUGCACACUGGAUCUUCUGGGCAUGCCUCAUACGCCUGAAAAUGCUGAACGAAGACUGGGAGCAGUUGCAGCUUUGCGUGAAUUGCUGAGGCAGGGUCUGGAUGUUGAAACUUCAUGCCAAGUCAAAGACUGGCCAUGCUUCCUGAAUCAAGCACUUAAGAAACUCAUGGCUACAGAAAUAGUGGAACUUUUGCCUUGGGACAAUUUAGCAGUUAUAAGGAAGAACAGGAAGUCUCUUGAAUCACAGAGCCAAAGAAUUGUUAUCGAUUUCAAUAGCUUCUAUGUUGUUUUUUUGGCACACAUAGCUCUUGGAUUUUCAAGCAGGCAAACUGACCUGAUUAAGAAGGCAAAUUCAAUAUGCGAGUGUUUAACAGCAGCAGAAGGCAUUGAUUUAAAAUUUGAGGAGGCUUUUUGUUAUUUCCUUCUCGGGCAGGGUGACGAAGCAACAGCUGUGGAAAAACUAAGGCAGCUUGAACUGAGUUCAGGGUCAAGUUCACAAAAGUCACUGCAAAUGAAAGAAACCAGAGAAGUUUCAAGUUCAAACAAUCAACUGGAAACAUGGUUGAAAGAAGCUGUUCUUGGGCUGUUUCCAGAUACUCGAGACUGUUCUGCAUCUUUGGCUGAUUUCUUUAUUGGUGAAAAAAAAGCUUCAGGAACUAGAGAUAACAAAAGAGCCCCUCCUGCUUCAUUUAGCAUAAGACACAGACCACUUUCUGUUUCUCUACCAAUAGAUCGAAGACUUGGAGAACCUGUUUUGAGCACAGAAUCUUCAAGACAACUUGGACCUGCUGCCCAGCAGCUUACCCCUCCCAAUCUACAAAGUCCAUUGACAGAAGGCAAGAGUUUUGCUGAAAGCAAUGUUGGCUCAUCAUCUGUUCAGUUGAAAAGGACUUUAGGUUCAAAAGACGUUAAAGCUUGGAAAUUUUCGUUGGCGUUCAGUGAUGUGGUUGGAAAGAUAACAUAUGCAGCAGCAUUAGGCUGCAUCCUGGGUGCUUUGUUUAAACUAAUCAACAUGCAAGUAUGGAAACCAGGAAGUAGUUCUAGAUGGAUGGUGAAUGAACAAAAAAUAAAAUCAAGCUCCUCCGCCUGGACUGACUUGUCGAUGGAUCUAAGCUGCAAACACGGAACAGUUAAGCGAAAUGGUGUUACAAGAAAGCUAAAGAAAGUUCUUUCACUUCUUAAUGUUCAAUCUGGAGACCACUUAGAUUCUGCAGAUUUGGGAACUGCUUCUGUCUCUUCUGGGCUUUCAUCUUCAAUGACAUCAACUAGUAGGCAAUCAAUGCCUGUUGAAGAUGCUGAGGGUCUUGUCAAGAGAUGGCAAGCAAUCAAAGCAGAAGCGCUUGGGCCUGCUCAUGAUAUUCUCGGUCUCAGUGAAAUCCUUGAAGGAUCAAUGCUUGUUCAGUGGGAAGCAUUGGCAGAAGCAGCAAAAACAAGGUCUUGUUUUUGGAAAUUUGUUUUGUUGCAAUUGAAAAUUGUCUCUGCCGACAUUUUGAGUGAUGGACUUGGGAAGGAGAUGGCAGAAAUAGAAGUUCUCUUGGAGGAGGCAGCCGAACUUGUGGGUGAAUCCCAACUGAAAAACCCAACUUAUUACAGCACAUAUAGAAUACAUUAUCUUCUCAAGAGGCAGGAGGAUGGAUCUUGGAGAUUCUGUGAAGCUGACAUUCUAACUCCCACGUGAUAUUUGCUGAAUGUGGUACAUUCUGAAGCUGACCAUUUCAACAGAAGUAGAGAAAUCCAUCAUUCUUGCUUUGUUUUUUUUCUUCAAGUUUGGGAGUAGUCUAGUAGGAGGAGUGAGUGAGUUAAGAUAGGCUAUUUGAUUCAUUGUUUCUCGCCCUCUGUGCAUGCGGUAAUGGCAGCAGUAGACAAUGCUGAAACAGUGUCUUCAUUCGGUGUUAGAGUUUGGGCACUGGCAGGCAGGCAGGCAGGCAAGUUCAAAUCUGUGUACACACAUGGGAAAGCGCAGGCCUCCAAACAAUUUAAAAAGGAAUUUGAUCUUCAUUUACAA